UUUUAUUCCAGCCAACAGGAAAGCUCGUCGAGGAAACACGAAAUAAAUAAUCAGCAGUAAAAACGAAACAACGAAAGAUUACAGCACAAAGUCUGCUCAGCUCCGAAUCUUCUGUGAACCAGUAGGUUCAGCACAAUUAUUGUGUUCGUCUUUCUUUUCCACCUGCCAGACUGGCCCUGCAUAUUGUCCACGUGAUAUGAAGUCGGAAAAACCACCGGGGCUCUCUUUGGGUGGAGGGAAAAGCAAGUCGAAAUUGUCAACAUAACAAUUGACUGAGGAGGCUGCUCGUGUUAAUUUUUGGAGAGGAAGACGUGGCACCCUCCAAAAUUUUAUUUUGGCCUGCUCAUUUAUUGGCAAGAUGAAUAGCACCAAGUACAUAGCUCUCAACAUUCCCAGCAGUCUUGCUGACUCGACUGUCAAAUCGAGACGAAGUCUUUGGCGAUGGUGGAAUCAGCUCUCCAGAUUUCAAAGAUCCUUAUUUUAUGUGGGAUUCACAAGCAUCUUACUGAUGCUUAUUUACUUCUGGCCGGUCCUUGAACAGAGACGAGAUAAUAUUUCAAAAAUUGCAUUGGAGUCGACGCCUGCUAUGCAGCAACUGCCCGAAGAAAGUGCACUGAAGGCUGCUGCAGCUGAACCAUUUGGGGCCAAUAAAGUUGAACAGCAAGGCGAGGCUGCCUAUGAUGCAGAAAACGAGAUAAAACAACCUGCAGCAGCAAAUGAGGCCCAACAAGUUGAAGAGCCGAUAUCACAAAAGGCAGUUCGGUUCAAAGGACCUAAAAAUGAAAGACAAAAAGCUGUGGCUGCUGCAAUGCAGCACGCUUGGAAAGGUUAUAAAAAAUACGCAUGGGGGCAUGACCACCUGAAACCCCUUUCUGGCGCAUACCAUGACUGGUUUUAUUUAGGGCUAACUAUUGUUGAUUCAAUAGACACGUUAUACAUUAUGAAUCUUAAGAAAGAGUACUUAGAAGCUAAGGAUUGGGUAGAAAAAAGUUUGAGGUUCGACAAAAACAGAGACGUGAACCUUUUUGAAGUCACUAUUAGAGUACUUGGAGGAAUGCUUAGUGCUUACCAUUUGACCGGGGACAAGAUUUUUCUCGGAAAAGCUAUGGACUUAGGCGAGAGAUUACUGCCCUGCUUUGAUUCGCCUUCAGGUGUUCCAUUUUCUGACGUAAAUCUAGGCAACCACAAAGCUCACUCGCCUAAGUGGAGCCCAGACAGCAGUACCUCCGAAGUGACAACUAUUCAGCUUGAAUUUCGAGAUCUCACGUACAGUACAGGAGACUCUCGAUUUGAGGAGGCUGUGAAUAAAGUGUCCGAACACAUACAUGUUCUGCCAAAAACGGAAGGUCUUGUCCCAAUUUUCAUCAAUGCAAACACCGGGCAGUUUCGUGUUUUUUCAACGAUAACCCUUGGUGCCAGGGGCGAUAGCUACUACGAAUAUCUACUGAAACAAUGGAUCCAAACAGGGAAAAAAAUUGAAUAUUUAAGGGAAGAUUACAUAGAGGCCAUUCAAGGCGUGCAAAAGUUACUCGUCAAAAGGACCAGCAAGUCUGGCUUGCUUUUUAUCGGGGAGCUUCAGUCAGGCGCCCGUGAUUUCAAACCAAAAAUGGAUCACCUCACUUGUUAUUUACCAGGAACUUUGGCUUUGGGUGUUCAUAAUGGUAUGCCUCAGGAUCACAUGAAACUGGCCGAGGAUUUGCUCUGGACGUGCUACCAGACUUAUGCGCAAACACCAACUUUCCUUGCGCCGGAAAUUACCUAUUUUCAAAUUCAGGAUGCAAAUGCAGCUGACAUGUAUAUUAAAACAAACGAUGCUCACAAUCUGCUGCGGCCUGAAUUCAUCGAGAGCCUUUGGUACAUGUACCAGUUCACAGGCAACAAGACUUACCAGGACUGGGGAUGGACUAUUUUUCAAGCUUUCGAGAAGUAUACCAAGGUUACAAACGGCUACACAUCUAUCAACAACGUGAAGGCGCCUGCUAAUGUGAAGCCAAAAGACAUGAUGGAGUCGUUCUUCCUUAGUGAGACUCUCAAGUACUUUUAUCUCCUCUUUUCAGACAAUCCAAAAUUAAUUGACCUUGACGAGUAUGUUUUUAACUCGGAAGCACACCCAUUGCCCAUCUCUAAGGGCUGAACUCUCUAGGCCACUCAUUUAAAGUUGGGACCACUUGAAAUUUUUCUCCAUUCUUGUGUAAGUUUUAUCAGAAAAAAAUUUGAAGUCUUAAAGUUGAGGGCGUUCUAGAACCUCCACACAAUUUUAAAGUUUGCGGUGGUUCUAUUUUACCAUAGCUCCUUUCUCCACUAUAGUUCAUUUUAGAGCUACUCGAUUUGAGCAUUAGGAUCAUUUGUAAAACCAACUGGUGGCUGCAUUUUUAAGCUAGUCCUUCAACACGUCAUUCAUCACAAUGAAAUACAUUUAUUAAAAUAUUACUUUAAGUUAGAUAUAGAAAACAGCUCACUAAUUAUACACAAAAUUAAGAACAUUUACUAUUACUAGCUGGAAAGUGGUCAUUUGAACGAAUCAUGGAGAAAAUGCAAUGCAAUAUGUUAUGCAAGGUUGAUUUGGCGUGAAUCCGAAUUCUCUUUCAAAGCACACUUUGCUCAAAUUUGCUGUACACAUGUUUUAGAAAAGAAUUAUGUUUGAAGAUUUCAUUACUAUCAAGAGUGAGUUUAUCUUGAGCUUGCAAAAGAUUCUGUGAUUUUUGGCUCGGCGUGUUGAUAUUAUUUUUGAGCACGACAUUUUAUCAUUUUAAUGUUCCUAACAUGUAAAGUUUACUGCAGUGUAUAUUAUUGUACCACUUAUAUUUGUUCAUGCAAAUUGUGUUGCUUUACCAAAAAUCGCCUCAACCUUAUUAAAGCUAUAUUAUGUUAUUUAUAAUAAUUUGUAAAAAAUUUUCAGCAAAUAGUGUGUGUAAAUAAAAAACACUAUUUCGUCAGUUUUCAA